AUGGUGGAGGUUCUUGCAUCGUUAUCCCCUGGAUCGGAGUCGCGAUCGACGCAAGCUGCGCGCUAUGAAACAACGGUCGCCGAACGACCAGUCUCCAUAAGAUCCUUUUCGCAGCCAUUCCACAAUACACCGAAUCACAAUGCCCGCUCCCUCAGCGCUAGCCAUGCUCCGCAAGGCUCCCACCGUCCCUCCUCCGCGCGCGCAUCCCUCCAAAACCCAAACCAGCUGUCGCCAGCAUUAGAAGGCCCUACAAGAAGAUCAAUGGACGAGCGUCUUGGUAGGGCGCCCUCGCUGCGCAGUGUCCCAAGCAUCGUCAUUAAUGAUAACUCUCGCCCUGUUUCGCGACCAGGAUCUCGUCCGGGGUCAAGAUGGUCGGAGCGCAAGUGGGGUGGGUUGAGGAAACGAUCGAGUGACUUGGAGGAGAAGAUGAACACGGAGGAAUUGCCGCCGGUGCCCCAGAUUGACUCUGCGUUCAAUGGGAUCAGCUUGGAUAUACCCACGUCAUCUCUGGAAGGAUUGGGACAGACAAUGAAGUUCUCCAACCGCGGCAGCCUGAUCAGGGACCGUUCAAAGCGGCCGAUUUUGAAACCACGAGAUCAACAACCGGAGCUAAUCUCAGAGCUUGAGAAUUGUGAACCGCAGUCGGAUACAGCGUCUUUUCAGCAAUCCAUACCAACGGAUUCGGAGCCACCAAGUAAAGCGCCGAGUAUAAUCCGUCCCUCGACGGGGUACGAUGGUGCGAAUGGCGAUAUACCGGAGGCGACACCACGGCCGUUCAGACAAGAAGGACAUCUUCGUCCAAGGCAGACGAGCCUCCAAUCCAGGGCCAUUUCCGCGGAUGAGGAUAUGCUAUCCCGACGAGUGCGACUCAUGUACGAGAAGGGCGAUGACAGCGUGACCGAUAAGGACGUCGCAAAGGCAAUGGCAGAGGAAAAUGGCGUUCUCUGGGAGGAAACAACACCGGAUCUCGAGACGGCCUCGACACCUUCAAAUCUCGAGAACCCGCCAACUUCGACCGCCAGGGCUUCUGGCGAAGUAGAGCGCAAGCGAAUGAAGAGAGAGACCCAAGAAUUGGCAGGUGGCAUUGAGUAUUGGCAAAAUAUUGGCGCCGGACAAGUGGAUAGAUAUGGAUUUAUUCAUGCUCAAGAGGACGACGAGCCCCAUCCUAUCCAGCGAGUCACCACCAGUCUUUUGCUUGCCUCUGAGACACCUCGUCGCAAACUCUCCAUUCGUCCCCCGACUGCUCGAGCCAGUACUCGUUCAUUCAGUGGGCGGUCUCCAACUCGCAACUUGUCCCAAAGCUCUGCCAACGCGCGUCCAAUGUCAUCUGCAAGUACCGCCAGCGUGCCGGUUCGGCGAUCGACAUCCCGCUUACGCUCCGCGACUAAUCGCCUCCCUCACAACAGGGAUCGGAGGUUCACAGACGAGGCGGCUUAUAUGCUCACUCUCCCCGCCGAUGACCCCGGUGAAGGGAAAGACACACCAGCUGCACGUGCGAUGCGGAAGAAGGAGUGGCAGCGCGAAGACAAGUGGACAAAGAUGGCCAAACAGACCAAAAAGAGUCGUGACGGCGGUGGAAUGAAAUUUGAGUUCGAUACACAUAGCCCGAAACUCAUUGAGCGGACUUGGAAGGGGAUUCCGGAUCGAUGGCGGGCAGCUGCCUGGUCUUCAUUCCUUGAGGCCAGUGCCAGACGACAUAAAAAUAGCCCCUCUGAAGAGGAGCUUGUGAAAGCUUUCCAUGAAAGUCAAUACGUCUCCUCUCCUGAUGAUGUGCAGAUUGACAUUGACGUGCCGCGGACAAUCACUGCCCACAUCAUGUUCCGUCGGAGAUAUCGCGGUGGACAACGACUGUUAUUCCGUGUUCUUCAUGCCAUGUCAUUAUAUUACCCUGAUACUGGUUAUGUUCAAGGAAUGGCAGCUAUUGCGGCUACACUAUUGGCAUACUACGACGAGGAGCAUGCGUUUGUGAUGCUGGCUCGCCUUUGGCAUCUGCGCGGUUUAGAAGAAUUAUAUAAGUCUGGCUUCGCGGGACUAAUGGAGGCUUUGGACGACUUUGAACGCGAAUGGCUAGCUGGUGGUGAAGUAGCCACACAACUAAACGAAGUCGGAGUCCCGCCAACAGCCUACGGCACCCGGUGGUACCUAACGCUCUUUAAUUAUUCUAUUCCAUUCCCCGCCCAACUUCGAGUCUGGGAUGUUUUUAUGCUGCUUGGAGACGCUGAAGAACCCGUUCCUCCGCGACCAGCCACGUCAUCUGGAAAAGGAUCAAAGGCACCACCACCACGCCUUGGAACCUUUGGACAAGGUCUCGAUGUGCUCCAUGCUACAUCCGCAGCCUUGAUCGACGGAAUGCGCGAUAUCAUUUUGGAAUCCGAUUUUGAAAACACGAUGAAGGUUCUUACCAGCUGGGUCCCCAUCAAAGACAUCGAAUUGUUUAUGCGUGUCGCCAAGGCCGAAUAUAAGGUCCACCGACGCAAGAAAACCCAUUAA